AGGACAUUCCGAGAGGUGAGUUGGGAGGAAGCAGAUGGAGAGACAUUCCUGGACAGUGGCAGCAGAGGAGGAGACACUCCAAUACCUCCCAUGACACAGGCUCUGGCAGUGCCCGGAGACCUGUAUAGAUCACAUGAUGGCACCAAUGAGGAUGGAGGACCGGAGUCACAUGACUGAGAAGAUACUAAACCUCACCCUGGAGAUCAUCUACCUGCUGACCGGAGAGAGAUUUCCUCUUCUGAAGUCAGGUGAUCAUAUGACCAUCACAGUGCCUCCAUGUGACUCCCUAAACCCUGAGAGACACAACAUGCAGAAGAUUCUAGAAGUCACCAAGAAGAUGAUGGAGCUGCUGACAGGAGAGGUUCCUAUAAGGUGUCAGGGUGUCACUGUCUAUUUCUCCAUGGAGGAGUGGGAGUAUUUAGAAGGACACAAGGAUCUCUACAAGGACGUCAUGAUGGACAAUCAGCCGCCCCUCACAUCACCGGGU